UGUCCAUCCUCUGCCUCUCCUGGAUCGGCAGGCCUCUGGGAGUCCCUGAAGGCUGGGGGAUGGGAUAGAUAGGGGGAGGGUGUCCCAUAGACAGUUUCCCUGACACUGGAGUUGCUGACAACCUGCUCCUAUAUGGACCAGUGAUCAGCUUGGGGGAGGGGGGUGGUUGGCUCAAGGCCGGCAUGGGUGGUGCGCACUGGUCCCUGGGGGGUGCCUGCGUGUUGGGGCUGUGAUCAUACGAUGCGUAACCAUUUCUCAGUCGGGGUGGGGAGCACAGAGGAGGAGGGGGGAGUAGCCUCAGAAGUCAUUUAUGAGACCUGGGGGUUAUGAGCUGGACUCCCUAGCUAACCAGCCCAGAACUGACUAUGCUAGAAGGUGAGUUUCCCACAGGUGGAACCCAGAGCCCAUUUGCUGGCAACACUCCACACCCUCAGUCAGCAGUCCUGGGGAGGGGACAAGGCCCAAGGCAGAAGCCUCACCCCAGGGAGCUACAGAGAAGGGGUUACCAUCCCCAAACUAGUACCUCCAGGACAGUACAAGCCCUGGUGCUUUCUCCCAGCCUUACCCUCCUCCAACCCUCCCCACUGGGCCAGGGCAGAGCCAGUGUCCCCUGGCAGCACCUAGAGCAGGUGCCUCUCUGCCUAGAGCUGGCAGGGUCCUGAAUCUGUCACUGGGUAGCACUCAGUGCUGGCACCCACACCAUGGCCCUCAAGCCAUGGCCUGGAUCAUAAAUCAACCACCAACAGGGUUCACUUUCAUUCCCUCUUCCUUCUUCCCUUCCCUCUUCUCCCUCCUCUCCCAUCCAUCACUUGAGGUUUUGAGAGGCUGGGCCUUUUUUCCCAGGCAGUCUGCUGGCAUCCUGACUAGCCAAGGUCUCUUGGCUUCUCUGGGCCUGAUCUCCUCUGUAAGUAACGUGGAGAUGAGCAUUCAGUAGCUAUUUUAAAUGUGUUUUUUUUUUAAAGUAUGAUUGCCUUCUCCUUUUUCUCUGUUUUCUCCUUUCCAUCUCCUCCUUCACUUCUCCUUCCUCUCUCUUCUCCUUUCCCAUCCCACCCACUUCUCCUUCACUUAGGAAAAAGACCAGCGGUGGAGGCCACCUCCUUCUCAGGGCUAAUUCUCAGCCUCGUCCUGUGUGCAGUUACUGGGGCAACAGAUCUGUGGAGUCAGGAAGCAAGUGCUCCAAGGACCAAGAAGACAGGGGCCUGAGAAAGCAUCCUGGAGGCGGUGGUAGUAGUUGAGCUGGGUGUUGAAGAAGGUGUAGGAGUUGAACAGUCCAAGAUACACAGUAGAAGUAGCAAUGAGAGCAAAGGCAACAUCUGGGGAAUGAGAAGACAAAUUUAGUGUGGAUAAAAGCUACAAGAGGCAGGAGGGCUGAGACAGGGGUUGUGCCUCCUGGCAGACUACAUAGAAGAAGCUGUCUUGGCCCAGUGCCCAGAGUCCUACAGCAGAAGCCCACCCCUGGCCCUUGGAGGGAACUUGCUGGCCUGGAACUGUCCACGGCCUCUCACAAGGCCCCCUCCAUGCUGGGGGACUUCAACAACAAGCCAAUCAGCUGACCUGGUUAGCCCUUCCUGGGGCCUGUCAGAACAUGUCAUCCUUCAGGGCCAGCCCUUAUUCUGCAUGGAGGAGGAACUCGGAGGAAAACUUAACUCCAUUUGUGGGAGAACUAGGAGCAUCCUGACUCCAGGGAAUGGUGGGGAGGAAAGAUCAUCUCCGGGUCCAGACUAUGUGACCACUGGGUCCUAAUGGCCAAGUGACUUCGGUGUGGCUCAGGUAUGAAGACAGGCAAGGGACAUGGAAGCAGUGGAGAAUGUUCUGCUGGUAGUGACACCAUCAAUGUUGAAAGGCAAUAAUGUUGGAGCCUGGAAAGAUUUAAGGGGAUGUACAGGGAAUGGAGCAAAUCUGGAGACUGGUACAAAGAAGGACACCAUGCUAUGGAGGGCCUGCUCUUCUGAGGGCUCAGCGAGUACCCAUUGGUUAAUUUUUGCAAAAUCCCUAUAUGGCAGGUGUUACUGAUAUGCCUACUUUACAGAGGGUCACAGUGAGUGAGGUCCAGAAUUGUCCCAAAUCACAAAUCACCUUCACUAAUAAGGGCAGUGGAAUCUGAAUCCAGGCCCUUGAAGUCACCAUGACAUCGUCUUCACCAGCCACCAUCUCCUUGUUUCUACUGCUGGUGCUAGGCCAAGCCUCUCCCAGCCUCUCCCAGUCGCUGGGUACCAAGAAGCUUAGGCUGGUGGGCCCAGGGAGCCGACCAGAGGAGGGCCGCCUGGAGGUGCUGCACCAGGGCCAGUGGGGCACCGUGUGUGAUGACGACUUCACUCUCCAGGAAGCCAACGUGGUCUGUCGCCAGUUGGGCUUUGAGUCUGCCUUGACCUGGGCCCACAGUGCCAAAUAUGGCCAAGGGGAGGGACCUAUCUGGCUGGACAAUGUGCGCUGUGUGGGUACUGAGAGCACCCUGGACCAGUGCGGCUCUAAUGGCUGGGGUGUCAGUGACUGUAGCCACUCAGAAGAUGUCGGGGUGGUAUGUCACCCCCAGCGUCAGCGUGGCUACAUCUCUGAGCGGGUUUCCAAUGCCCUCGGGCCCCAGGGCCGGCGUCUGGAGGAGGUGCGCCUCAAGCCCAUCCUUGCCAGCGCCAAGCGGCGCAGCCCUGUGACCGAGGGGGCUGUGGAGGUACGGUACGAGGGCCACUGGCGGCAGGUGUGUGACCAGGGCUGGACCAUGAACAAUAGCAGAGUGGUGUGUGGGAUGCUGGGCUUCCCUAAACAAGUGCCUGUCAACAGCCACUACUACAGGAAAGUCUGGAAUUUGAAGAUGAAGGAUCCAAAAUCUAGGCUCAAUGGCCUGGCCAGUAAGAACUCUUUCUGGAUCCACCGGGUCAACUGUCUGGGGACAGAGCCCCACCUGGCCAACUGCCAGGUACAGGUGUCUCCAGGAAGGGGCAAGCUGCGCCCGGCCUGUCCAGGUGGCAUGCAUGCUGUGGUCAGCUGUGUAGCAGGGCCCUAUUUCCGCUCACUGAAAGCAAAGUCCCGUCGCAAGGAGUCCCAAACAGAGCAGGAACUGAAGGUGCGCCUGCGCGCUGGGGCCCAGGUUGGCGAGGGCCGCGUGGAAGUGCUCAUGAACCACCAGUGGGGCACCGUCUGUGACCACAGAUGGAACCUCAUCUCUGCCAGUGUGGUGUGUCGUCAGCUCGGCUUUGGCUCUGCACGGGAGGCCCUCUUUGGGGCCCAGCUGGGCCAAGGACUCGGGCCCAUCCACUUGAGUGAGGUGCGCUGCAGGGGCUAUGAGCAGAGCCUCAGUGACUGCCUCAGCCUGGAAGGGUCCCAGACCGGCUGUCAACAUGCAAAUGAUGCUUCUGUCAGGUGCAACAUCCCAGACAUGGGUUUCCAGAACCAGGUGCGCUUGGCUGGCGGGCGCAGCCCAGAGGAGGGCGUGGUGGAGGUGCAGGUGGAGGUGCACGGGAUCCCACGUUGGGGGACAGUGUGCAGUGACCACUGGGGGCUCACCGAAGCUAUGGUGGUCUGCCGACAGCUUGGCCUGGGUUUUGCCAACUUUGCCAUCAAGGACACCUGGUACUGGCAGGGGACGCCGGAGGCCAGAGAAGUGGUCAUGAGCGGGAUGCGCUGCUCAGGCACAGAGCUAGCCCUGCAGCAGUGUGCGAGGCACGGUCCUGUGCACUGUUCCCACGGCGCCGGGCGCUUCUCAGCCGGAGUGGCCUGCAUGAACAGUGCUCCAGACCUAGUGAUGAAUGCCCAGCUGGUGCAAGAGACAGCCUACCUAGAGGACCGCCCGCUCAGCCUGCUAUACUGUGCUCAUGAGGAGAAUUGCCUCUCCAAGUCCGCCGACCACAUGGAAUGGCCCUAUGGACACCGGCGCCUGUUGCGCUUCUCCUCACAGAUCUACAACCUGGGGCGGGCAGACUUCCGUCCCAAGAUUGGACGCCAUGGCUGGAUUUGGCACCAGUGUCACAGGCACUACCACAGCAUUGAAGUCUUCACCCACUAUGACCUGCUCACACUCAAUGGCUCCAAGGUGGCCGAGGGGCACAAGGCCAGCUUCUGUCUAGAAGACACAAACUGUCCCACAGGAAUGCAGCGACGCUAUGCAUGUGCCAAUUUUGGGGAGCAGGGAGUGACUGUGGGCUGCUGGGAUACCUACAGGCAUGAUAUUGACUGCCAGUGGGUGGAUAUCACAGAUGUGAGGCCAGGGAACUAUAUCUUCCAGGUGGUUGUGAACCCCACAAAUGAGGUGGCAGAGUCAGAUUUCUCCAACAACAUGAUGCGCUGCCGUUGCAAAUAUGACGGGCAGCGGAUUUGGCUGCACAACUGCCACACAGGAGAUUCGUAUCGAGCCAAUGCGGAGCUCUCCCUGGAGCAGGAACAGCGACUCAGGAACAACCUCAUCUGAAGUCAUCACUGCAUGCUCCCAGCUCUGCCCACACACUAGAUACCUCAGCUUAUUGGAGCCAUGCCCUUCACAGAGCUCUGACUCAGAGGGAAAGGGGCUAGUGCCAAGUAGCACCAAGAAUCUGCUCAGGAAGCUUUUUGACGGCAGGAUCGCCCUGCCAGGUGGUACUGUGGCCUCAGGAUGGCUCUGAGCCUGUCCCUUGAAGGCCUGUGGCCCACACAGUAUGGCCUCCAGGCUGCAGUCAGCUAAGCUCCUCUUCUAUAAGGAGACCCAGUUUUUUCUGAACUUGCCAUGGUUCCCACUUCAAGGGCUCUCAGUUCCUUGGGAACGGGUUGUGGCCCAUCUAAGUGGUACUUUCCGAAUGUCCUAGAGGAGCAGAGGAUAAAGGACUAAAAUACACAGGAAAAGGAGUUAGUUCUCUGCUAGGAGCUCAGUGAGAUACAAUGAUGUCAAAGUCACACUGGCAGAGAAGUGAACUGGUGAAUGAAUGCCAUCUCUUGCUUUACCUGUUUUUCUUUACAACUCAGCUCUUAUCCUCUGUAAACUGUCUGUUCUUUAGUGUCUUUACCCUAGUACAUAUUUGGGUGUUUUUAAUACCCCUAUAUACUAGGCUUCUGGCACUCCAUCAUAUCCUGAUGGGUCAACACCCCAGUUACUGAAGUUUGAGAAGGGAAAAAUUUCAUCGAAGUGGCCAAAAAAGGGCCUUCUGAUAGAACUGCAAGCCAUCAAGCAGAAAAGACACUGAGGUGAUAUAGACCCUCUCUUUGUCAGGACCUCUUGCCAAAGAAAACAAUGUGUCCUAUACCUGGGAGGCUAUCCAGUGUCUUUCAGGAUCACCACAUACCCCCGGACUGGCUUAAAUUUCAGGUCUUAUCCAAGUCAACUUUGCUUUCAGGAAAUUUUUUUUGCAACAGAAAGAAGCUAGGUUAAAGAAGACACUAUAGAAACACAAAGGCAGGUCUGGAAGAGUAAGAAAGAAACUAUGGAGAAAGCAGAAGGGGGAACAUUUAAAGAAUGAACCUAAAAAGACCACCAUCCCUGCUUGGUGUGGCUGCACUAUGUUCUUGCUCAGGUGGUUUAAAAUCAUAUGGUCUUUUUGGACAUGACUCUUGACCCUUUCUCCACUGACACACACUUAAAGAAAUGAUUCUUAUAGGUCUGACAUCCUAAUGCCAAUAAAGGUUGUUCAUUAUGGACUCCUACCAAGGCAAGACCAGCUGUGAGUCUGUGGUUUCUAGUAUGCUAACUCUAGUUUUUAUUCCUCCCUUCAAGCUGGGGAUGAAGAUGUACAGGGCAUAAGGACUACUUAUGACAGGUCUACCAUAGGCUUCUCUACCCCAGUAUUAGCCUACUCUGCUCCCCAGUUAUCCUCCCAGGAUCAUGCUGAAACACAGGUCACAGGGCA